UUUGUGGUGUAAAAUAUCUAACUAAUUAAUUAUAUUAGGCGUGAUAAUAAUGAUAAUAAUAAUUUUGAAAAAAGGAAGAAAAGGAAGGAGUGAUAUUUCGUGGAAGCUUCGGGCGCUCGUUCUCAGGUGUGACUUCCAUCCAUCCAUACAUCCAUCCCACAUGCCGGCCAUUCAACGCCAAUAGCCAGCCAGACAGCCAUCACUCACUGCUUCCAUUUUCUUCUUUCAUUCAUUCCUUCCUCUUAAUCAAUCACAGAUUCCAGAUUUAUUAUUCAUUCAUUCAUGUGAGGCAGAGUGGUGGAUUAGAUUCAACAAAAUAAACAACUGAUUUUGCUGCUGUAGCCUCCAAUCCUGGCUUACACAGUUGCAGAUGGGUUCUGUUUCUGCAGAGGUCAAGAUGGACACUGAUUUCGACGAGGAGACUCCUUUCAGUACUACACCCUCUGCUGCUAUUGCUGCUUCAUCAUCUUCUUCUUCUAAACAUCACACUUUUAAUUUCGAAACUGCAGUUAAUUUGCCCAAAUUCAACCAUUCACGAACAAGACGAAUCAGCAAGAGUAUAUAUAUUGUCUUAAUCAAAGCAAAGAUUAACUUGUUGCUACCAUUUGGUCCCUUGGCCAUCUUCCUACAUUAUACUACCACCGCAAAGCAUGUAUGGGUCUUCUUCUUCGCCUUAUUGGGUAUCGCUCCUUUGGCCGAACGUCUAGGUUAUGCUACCGAACAGCUUGCCUUCUACACUGGACCAACAGUUGGGGGUUUGCUUAAUGCCACGUUUGGCAAUGCAACUGAAAUGAUUAUAUCUAUUUAUGCAUUGAAAAGUGAUAUGAUUAGGGUUGUUCAGCAAUCUUUACUUGGUUCAAUCUUGUCAAAUAUGCUUCUAGUUCUAGGAUGUGCAUUCUUUACUGGUGGGAUUGUCCACUACAAAAAACUUCAGGUUUUCAAUAAGGCAGCUGCUGUUGUCAAUUCGGGGUUGCUGUUGAUGGCUGUAAUGGGAAUACUAUUUCCUGCUGUGCUUCACUUUACUCACUCAGAGGUUCAUCUUGGGAAGUCGGUCUUAUCUCUAUCAAGAUUUAGCAGCUGUAUAAUGCUACUGGCCUAUGCAAGCUACCUUUUCUUUCAACUUAGAAGUCAACAGAAUUUUUAUAGUCCAGUUGAUCAGGAAGGAGAUACAAGUGAAAAUUCUGACGAGGAGGAAGAACUUGAAUUAUCUCAAUGUGAAGCGAUAAUCUGGCUUGCUAUUUUGACAGCAUGGGUAUCGGUAUUGUCUGGAUAUCUUGUGGAUGCCAUAGAGGGAGCAUCUGAAUCGUUGAAUAUGUCAGUGGCUUUUAUUAGUGUCAUCUUGCUUCCAAUAGUAGGGAAUGCUGCAGAGCACGCAAGUGCUAUCAUGUUUGCCGUAAAGGACAAGCUAGAUAUCACAAUUGGAGUUGCAGUUGGAUCAUCAACACAGAUAUCUAUGUUUGUGAUCCCUUUCUGCGUGGUUGUUGGAUGGUGCAUGGGAAAAGAAAUGGACUUGAAUUUUCAACUCUUCGAGACUGCCACACUUUUUAUCACUGUGCUGGUAGUUGCAUUUAUGAUGCAGGAAGGAACCUCAAAUUAUUUUAAAGGCUUGAUGCUUAUUCUAUGCUAUCUUAUAGUUGCUGCCAGUUUUUUCGUACAUGUAGACCCAAAAAGUGGUGAUGACUAAAUAUAGUGCUUGCUUGGCAGCUGUCCAUGUUGCCUUUCUUUACUGGGAAAGCCGGAAAGUUAGUAAGCAGUUUGUUUGAAAGAUUUUCAAAAAAAAAAAUCUUCAGCCUGCAUUCAACAUGGGGUGGGAAAAGGGACAAUGCACUGUACUGGAAAUUUUCAGCGUUGUACUAUAUUGGAUUUUUGAAAGGAUUCUUUAAUCUGUAUUUUUUCUAUUUCCAUAGAUUUCAUUCAUUUUAUCAGGGUCCUUACUUUUUUUCUAACCAUAAUACACACCAAUGAUACACGCUUUAACA